AUGCGAGUGUCCCUGCCCCAGUUCCUGCGGAGACGAUCAGCCACCCCAGAGAAGCUGCCGCAAGAGGAGGAGAGCACGCACAAGCUGGACGUUCACAGGGGGGGAGGUAUACGCGCUAUUGGGGGUGGUGGGCCAAGCCAAAGUCGUUCAAAAGGAGAGCCGGAAAGUCCCUUAGACGAGCGAGGUGAAGUGGCAGGCCCAACAGACGCACCCCUGAAAAGGAAGGGGGCAAGCGAGCCUGGCAGAGAGAAUCAGGACAGAACCAAUCAAAACCAAGAGCGGGAAGACAAGAAGGCGGAGAGGAAUCCUGCUGGGGCUGCCAAGACGGGAAAAGAGGAAGCAAGAAGGGGCGCAGCCAAGCAUGCUUUGCAGAAAGGGGCCACUGCCAGUUCGGCGGAGGAGGGAAUGCCAGGGAGCAGAGGAGAGGGUGACGAGACCCCUGUAGAAACGGGAAACAGGUUGGCGCUCAAUGAUGCUGCAGGGCAGCAGGGCGCAGCUGAGCGGGUAGGCAACUUCAAAGACCUCUCGCUGCUUGACGAGCCAGUCAGCCUGCGGGACCAGUCGGCCGACCGGCCUACUGGCCUCUGGCAGAACCCGCAGAAUGAUCUGCUAGAGGGGAGACGGAGGCCGUACGGGUGCAACCUGUGUGGGGCGCACUUUGCGUACCCCCAGGCCCUGGGAGGACACAUGCGAUUGCACAGGAAUGUCAUCGCGGCUGCUCAAUCCCCUUCCGACCUGUUUUCGGUUUUCCGGCCACCGUCAUCACAGUGCCACAGCUUCGCUUCGGGAGCUCGGUCAAGUGGGGGCCCCUGCCGGCAAGCAGACCCCAGAGCAGCCGUGUUACAGGCUCUCGACAGUCGGUUGCUGUCCCUAGGAAACGGAGUAGGUGACUUGACUUCCUCUCGAGGUAAUAGCGGCAUGUUGGGGCUCGACAAAGCAGUCAAAUCCUGCACAACGAGCGACAAACCGAAAAGGGAGUGCCUUGCAGGCCUCGUAAACCAGAGAGAGCUCAAAACCACUGCAUCAAGCCCCCAACAUGACAACCUUCUCAUAGGGCCUCUCAGCAGUCCAACACAAAUUCCGGAGGCGAGCGCAGAGCCGCCAUCCUGCCUCAUUUACCUGCCCAGUCAGGGGGCUUUCCCUGGGGGCUGGUUCGAACUUGAACACGUGGACGUAAGGCACCCGGAGCGGAUUGCCCCGGUCAAUCUUGGGGGCAACCACAAGUUAGUAGCAGAGCAGGUCCUAGAAGCUCUGGUGAGGCAGGCCGAGAGACCAACAAGUGCCGCCGUCCAUCCGGCUAUCCCUAAGUAG